CGGCGCGCGCGGGGAGGGAGGAAGAGAGAGAAAUUUUCGGUUCAGUGGCAAGCGGGGUUCGAAAGCGACGCAGAAGGGGGUUUGAUCGGCUUUCCGUCGGCUGUUCGUGAUCACUCUUUUCUUUUUUUUUUUUUUUAUUGUGUGUGGAAAAUUCGGAAAUUCGGGUCGGGUAUCGAAAGGGAGGAGGAGGAUAGAGAGGUCUAAAAAAAAAUUCUAAAGAGGGAGGUCGAAUUAAAAGGGGGAAUUAUGUCCUCUUACGUCUUCCCGGAGGUCCCGACGCACACGGGGAAUGGCGUCGACGUCAACAAAACGCACAAAUCAUGCAAGCGCAUCGUGGAAAACCUGCGGGACAGCAAAAUGGACGACGCGCAUAAGGUGUACGUGCGCUCCAUGGACCAGGCGACGACGACUCCUGUCAAGGGCGAGGUCGACGGCGAGAUCCCGCAGUGGCUGGAAGGAAACCUGUUCAGAAAUGGCCCCGGAGUCCUCAACAUCGGCGACACUUGGUACAAUCACCUGUUCGACGGCAUGGCGGUCCUGCACAAGUUCACUAUCAAGGGCGGAGAGGCCUUCUACCGCUCGCGCAUCCUGGAGAGCGACACCUACAAGAAGAACUCGGCGGCGAACAGGAUUGUGAUCGACGAGUUCGGAACGAGAGCCUAUCCUGAUCCUUGCAAGACCAUCCUGCAGAGAUUCAUGAGCAAAUUCAGCGGACUUCAGCUCGACGGACCAGACGUGUCAGACAACUGCUCGGUCAGCAUGUGUUAUUUCAGCGACCAGCUGUUCGCCAUGACGGAGACCAGCUUGAUGCGGCGGGUGGAUCCGGAGACUCUGCACGUGGUCGGGGGAAGGACCAACAUAACGAAAUAUGUGGCAGUCAACAUGGCGACGGCCCACCCUCAUGUGGAUCCUGAUGGGACAGUCUACAACAUGGGGACUUCAUUUACCGGAAACAAGGGUCCCACUUACAACAUCAUCAAAUUCCCGCCAAAGAAGACACUGCCUGAUGGGAAGGUCCUGAACUCCUUCGACCAGGCCUCCAUAGUGGCGACGGUCCCCUGCCAGUGGAAGAUGCGCCCCUGCUACUUCCACGCCUUCUCCAUGACGGACAACUACUUCAUCCUGGUGGAGCAGCCCCUGGGGGUGUCCGUGCCCAAGUUCCUGCUCUACCACUUCAGCGGCAGGGCGCUCGCCAAGGCCAUGGACUGGAUGCCCAACGAGAAGGUCAAGUUCCACGUGAUCAGGCGCAGCGACGGUCACCUGCUGGAGACGAAGUUCGAGGCCGACACCUUCUUCUUCUUCCACUCCAUCAACGCCUACGAGGAGGACGGACAGAUCGUCAUCGACCUCUGCUGCUUCGACGACGGCGCCGUCGUGAACCAGAUCUGGCUGGAGAACAUCACCAACCCGACGGAGACCUUCAACAAGGCGAUCCAGGCCACCCCGAGGCGGUUUGUGCUGCCUCUCGACCCGCAGAAAGCGCCGGCCGGGACGAACCUGGUGACCCUCCCUGGCACCAAAUGCAGGUCCACCAGAGACGCGAAGGGCGUGGUACAGUGCCACUCUCAGGACCUCUCCCAAGACCUGAUGGAGAUGCCGAGGAUCAACUACAGGUUCAACGGCAAGAAAUAUCGCUAUGGAUAUGGUUUUAUUCCGACGAAAGGGCUCAACUGCGGCACGCUGUGCAAAGUGGACGCCGAGACGGAGAGACGCUCAAGUGGACAGAAGAUGCCGAAUUUCCAAGUCCGCAUGGUGGUCCUCGACGCCAAGACGUUCCAGCAGAAGGCGCUGGUCACCUUCAAGACGCCAGGGAUUGUGACGAAGGAUUUCCACGGAUUCUUCGCGCGGGACUGUGAUGAGGUGCAUCGUCUCUGA